AUAUAACUAUGCCCCAUCGUAAUGCAGUUGCAUUAGGUCUAUGCUAUUUGUUGUAUUUUUACACAUGUAAGUAUCAUUAUGAUAUUGAUACGCUACAAGAGUGUGUCAUAAAUCUUAAGAGUUUUGUUAAAAUGUAAUUACUUACCAAUAUCACAUUUAAGCCGAAGGCUAAGGCAGGACAAUUAAAUGAGUGAGUUGAGUUAGUACAAGAACUAGAACGUAGUGUAGUGUACUCACUCAGUUAGUCAGUUGACCUGAGUCGGCUCGGUGAGUCAGUUACUGUUAGAUCUAAUUGUAAUUAAUGUAAUCAGGUACUUCGGUACGAAGUAUUUUAAAAUAAUAAAAAUUAUGAAAUCAGUAGGCCUAUAGAUUUAUAAUUUAUAGACAUAGAGUACUAAAAACUAAACUGGAGCAAAAUUAAAACAUCCAACAUUGUCAUUGAACAUCGGUCAAAUUCAAAUGUUUUGAAAAUGAAGCCAACAUCUUGAAUGACAUUGACUGUGAUAUUGAGAAUUUAUUUGAAUUUUUUUUUUUUUUUUUUUUGAGGUUCAAGCUUUGAAAAUUGAUGGUAAAGGUAGGUCAACUUGACCAAUUUAUAAUUAUAAAAUAAAAGUUCAUUUCAUAUCUGUAACAUGUCCAAAAUUCGUGAGAAUAGACUGUAGGUAAAAUUUAUUUGAAUUUUUUUUUUUUUUUUUUUUUGAGGUUCAAGCUUUGAAAAUUGAUGGUAAAGGUAGGUCAACUUGACCAAUUUAUAAUUAUAAAAUAAAAGUUCAUGUCAUAUCUGUAACAUGUCCAAAAUUCGUGAGCAUAGACUGUAGGUAAUGUUAAAAAUGAUGGUCAAAAUGGUCACUGACACUGCUUUUGUAAAGUGUUUGUGGGCAUAUUACUUAUUACUGAAUGGUUGUUGUGUAUGUCUUUGUAUGUAGAAUUAAAUUGUAUAUGUAUGCUGCUGCUUUCAGAUGAUCAUUAUGACAAUGGAUUAAUGAUUUGAAAUGAUGUUUGUUUCUAAGUGUGAAACUUUAUUAGUAUCAUGUCCUAAACACCCCUACCCCAUUCUUCUCCUUUAGGUCCAAUGGACUGGGAUAUUGCUAAUCAGCAGAGUUGAUUUGGAUAUAAAAGUAUAAUUUAUUCACUUAGUUCUAAUAAUAAGAUUGGCAUCAUCUCCGAGCAAGUGUAAAUUGAUUUCAUUGAAAUCUGAAAAUAUUUCUGGCAAUAGCUUCAUAAUGUCUGAUGAAUUUGGAUUCUACAAUCAGCUCUGAGAGAAGCAUCCAUCUUAAAAAAUUCUAGUAUCAAAUAGUUUCUAAAAGUCACUCACAAUGUUAAAGUCAAUAAACUCUUUGCAGCACAGUCAGACUCUUUGCACCAAAAUCAGACUCUUUACUCUUUGCACCAAAGUCAGAACCUUUAUGAGAUAUGUAUUUUUGAUGAAAUAUUUUUUUUACCUUAAGUCUUGAAGUGAUGCUUUACAUAAUUUUUAUGAAUGCAGUAGAUUUAUUUUUCCAUUUAUUCUAUUUCUUUGGUUAUUCAUACAGAAUGUGAAGGAAUUGAGCACUAUGAGGCAAAGAAAAAGAAUACGUUUUGGAGAAGUUGUAAACCAGUGGCAAAGAGCUUUAUUUUGUAAUAUAGGAAAAAUGUGUACCUUUGUUGGAGUGUGCCUGAUCUUCCACUAGAAUGAACUCUAGAGAAAGUUCUGAUGACAUGGGCACUGACACAAUUCUGCAACCUAAUAUAACAAACAUGACAGUCUUAAACAUCCUGGAAAACAGUUGUGUACAGAAUUUUGACACUGUCGCAUGCAUUAGGUUAGUUACCCUGUCAUCCACUAGUUUAAGUUUUUAACAAGUUAAAUUUUAUUUCAAAGAGCAAAAAGCAGUGAGAGUUUGGGAUUAUUAAAAAAAUAUUUAAAAUAUUGUUUGGUUUAUAAGGCUAAAUUUUGUAUCAAAUAAAAGAUAAUAAAAUGGACUAUAUGCUUGUAAACUUUAUUAUUCAGUUUAACUAAUAGAAGUAACAGAAAAAUAACUUAAAACAUGAAAUACAAAAACUUUUUCCCCAAACUCUUUGAUGUAGGCUUACAUCAUCUUCACUGACGUAACUUAAAUCAUCUGAAACUACCACAAUCGGAAUCAUGUGAAUCUAAAUUAUCUUCACUAUUAAUAGAAAUAGUAUGAAACAUUUUCAAAGCUUGUUGAGCUGUUAAUUGUCCAGGCAGCUUCCUCACUGUAUUGAUAAACAACAAAAAACAGUGAAGAAUAUUGAUAAAAUACUUCUAAUAACAACAAAUAAACCUUGGUUUUGCUAAUAAACAAUGAAGCAAGACUCUUCUAUGUAAAAGGUUAAUUAAAAAAUAUCUCUUAAAAAGUUUAACCAAGAAAUGCCAAAUAACAAUGAUAUUGAAACAACACACAGUGCAUUGGUCAGUGCUUUUUAGCAUGGCGGAUGAACGUACUGUGCAUUGUGCCACAGCGAAAGAGUUGAGAAUUGUCACCUGGGAUAUUUAUAUUGGCCACACUAGUUUUUGUGUGUGUAAAUUAGCUCUUUUAAAUGACGUUUAACUUUUAAAAAUGCAGUAAAAUGUUAAUAAUUUCAGGAGCAGUGUCUUAGCAGUUUUAGCCAUUCUCACAUCUAUACUUUGCGUGGUUAAGAUUGUACAGCUUCACAUUGCUCGGCAUCCAUCAUGUCAUCAGUAUGUCAUCUUUUAUGCUGCUGCCCUUGAAUGUGCUACAGGGUAA